AUGCCAGCAAAUAAAAAGUCUGGCUGCUGUGGUCUUGGUCGCAGGUUCUACGCGGGCCCGAAGCUGGUGAUAAUGGUCGCUCACCCAGACGACGUACAACACGUCCUGGUGACGUCCAGGUUGGUAGAACGAGAUCCCCUGACCACGAGCGCCAUGCGACCCUUCGUCGGCGACGGAUUACUCACCCUCAACGGUAGCCGCUGGAAGACCCAUCGCAAACUCAUCAACCCCACGUUCCACUCUGAGCUGCUGGGGAACUUCCUGGAGGCGUUCCACGAGGGCGGCCUCAACUUGAGCGAGCGGCCGGCCAGCGACAGCGCGGGCGGCGCCGCCCCCGCCGACACGAUGAUGGUGCGGCCGUGGCGGCGGAGCUUGUCGCUGCUGCGGCUGAGUUCAGAGGGCCGCGCCAUCUUGAAGUACUACGCGCACCUGCGGAAGUGUGUAGAGGAGGCCAUCGCCUUGAGGUCGGCGGCCACAGAGGAGGGACCAGCCAAGACGCGGCGGCGUCUGCUCGAGACGCUGGUGAAGCCUGGUGGGCAGAUCGCCCUCCCAGUCUCUGAGAUCCGGGACGAGCUGAUGACUAUGACAGUGACCGCCACCGACACGACGGCCGUGUUGAUGAGUUACGCGCUGGCGCUGCUCGCGCUCCACCCAGAGUGGCAGGACGCGGCCCAGCGGGAGCUGAAGGACGUCUUCGGCGAGGGCGGCGACUGCCUGCGUGCUGCCAGCCUCGCAGAGCUGGCCAGCCUCAGGGUCCUGGAGAGCAUCAUCAAGGUGAGCCGCUACUCACUAAUCGAUCCGUGA